ACUUAGACACCCAUUUACCUUGAAAAUAAUAAUUUUUUUUUUUAUUUGGUUUUGUAGUAAUAAUAUUAAGUGAAUUUAAUAGCAUUCAAGAAUUUAUUGCAUUAAUUCUAGAAUAUUCAUAAUCAAACUAUAAUGGCUUGAAAACCACCAGCGGACACGAGGACCAACCCGUGCUGGUCGUUCACCAUGAACGUCGUGAAAAUAUUGGCAAUCGUCGUGGUGACGUCCGUCGUCACGCUCCUGUGUAUCCGUUCGGGUCAAGCGAUGACCAAGACCCCUGCUGGAACUGUUUACAAUAAUACCAGUGAGAAACCGGGAUCCCGAGACCAAGGCAGACUUCCGUCGGUGAGCGUAAUUUCCAAAACCGUCGCACCGAAAGCGACUGACAACCCGGUGUCUACUGGUGUCUACCCGGUAGAAAAAAAACGGAAAGAAGUGCAGACGACCAUCACGAUCGUGACUCCGGAGCCGAACCGAGAAGAAAUAUUGAAGAACGAAAACCAAACGACAACAACCACUACUACUACUGCUACCAUUACUGCUGAACCGUUGCAGUUAGCCACUAGUAGGUCUUUGAACAGCGGGUUAAACGGGGACAAUCGCAUCGCCGUACUCGGACCUUUGGUGUCCGGUAGGAAAACGUCGCCGAUUGUAGUCCGAGGAAAAUUGAUAAGACAAAUAGCGUCCAACCACCAAGCCAGCAACGGCGUGACCAUCGUGGACGACAAAGGCGACGACGGCGAUAACGAGGCCAAAAUUAUUGUCGACGCCGAUGUGUAUCACCUGAACAAUAGGCAAUUGGGCAACACCGACUACUCGGCCAUUGACACGGACAUAUCGGUGGCCGAAGAAGACGGCUCGGCUGGCUAUCACGAUUCGUACGAUACGGGCUACAAGGCCAACCCCAACGACGGGGCCGGAUGGAGCUCAGCCAGCCUGCCCGGAAGUUACGGCGGGGGCGUUCCGACGAUUGGCCGGCCGCCGUACGGCAUGCCGUCGCCGUACCCGUAUCCGGGCGGCCAGCCGGUGUCGCCGGUUUACAAACAUCACGUGUCUUACACGAACAACGUGCCACCGGCGUACCCGUACGGCCACCGUCCCGCCGGACAGUACAACAUGAACAACAACUUCCAUCAACAGGUGCAGAUGAUCUACGACAAAAUCGACUGGCACAAGGUCGGCAUAAUGGCGCUGGUCAAGAUCGGGCUGGCCAAGCUCAAGGCGUUCGGGUUCCUCAAGAUCCUGUUCCUGCUCGUGUUCAAGCUCAAAAUGUUCCUGAUCGCCAUGUUCUUCAAGUUCCUGUUGAUCGCCAAGCUGAUGAAGCUGUUCAAGUUAAUCAUGAUACCGCUCAUCCUGAUGACGGUGCUGCCGCUAAUCCUGUCGCUGUUCUCGGCCCCGAUGCUCGUCGGCGGGCUGUUGGCAAUCCCGGCGCGCAUACUCGAUUUCCUAACAGGGCCGAUUUACGCACCGGCGGCGGCGGCCACAGCGGCCACCAAAGUGUUGAUGGAGCCCACUUCGCUUCCGGGGUCGGCGAUCGGAAAGAUCGGUGGCUUGACGCCGUCUUACAAUAAACCCGACGAUGUAACAGUAAGCAAUAACCGGCGGUUGGAGAUGUUCGACCCGGCUUUGACGGUAUUCCGGAAGGUGUUGGACUCGGAAAAAUGCGUGGAAAGGAUUGCGUGUCGGAUGGCUGUCGUGGAAAAAGCCGGUAUACUUCCGGUUUGGAUUAAUUGGAUGCUUUAUCGAGUAUCAAAGGUGAUUCCAAAUGAAAAACUAGAAUCUUAUCUCAGAGCGUAUUCCGAGGUGAACAAUGUGAUUUAUAACAAGUCGGAUAACCCGGCAAAUUGGACAACAUGGUGCUCAGAACGUUUCGACUGCAAUAUUACUAACACUACUAAUACGGCAACAAAUGUGAUAGACGCAGUACAAUGAUAAUACUAUUAUAAUUACUAUUAGUAUUCGGUGUACUCUUUUCGUUUGUUAUAUUUAAUAGUUUGUUUAUAUUACUAACUUCUAAGAGCUUAUCUUCA